UACUCUUGCUCGGAAGGGCACCCUUCGUCUAUGAAGUGCACUUCAUGGUAUUUAUUAACCCCUAGUCGAAAUGGAGUUCCAGGACCAUGCUUACACGAGUACAACACACGACAACGUUAACCGUGCGGAGUUUGUUCAUAAAUGUUAGUUGUUUUUUAAAUAAAAUAAAAUGUCUACACGUGUUCUUGAACGGUUGAAAUGGCGACCUACGAAGUACGUAAUCAAUGUUCAGGACACGGCUGCAGUACUUAAGUUUGUACGGAUUUGGUCUUCAUUGUUAACUGUCUCGAUACUUUAUCUUUAUGCUGGUGGUUUCAUUUAUUUUACAGUAUGCAAAAUGAAUGACUGUUCGUGUCCUAACUUCGGCUAGCUGUAGGACUUCCGUGCUUGUGCCACGUUCAGGACGCCGUGUAAACUUGACAACUGGGUUCUGGAUGUGGACGUGUAAUUUUGGACGUUUCGUUUGCUUUCUCGUCUAGUCAACUUAAAAGAAACCGAAGACUUUGUGAAGCUGAGGGUGUCAAAUAAUUAUCUCUUCUCUGGGAAGAAAAAUACUGCCUUGUAUGCAUGGAGGCGCUCAAGGACCAAGACCAUCGGGAUAAAUGGCCCCACUUCAACCUGAUGAAUGACGCCAUGGAGGGCAGGCUGGAAGGCAGUGCCCCCAUUCUGGGAAUAUCUCCUGAGGAUAAAGGCUAUUUCUCCCCACUCUCUAAGGUCAAGAAAAUAAGAACAAGCACAAAGACGGCCUCUCCAGUUAAAGUGCAGAAUGGAGACGCAGAAAUUGAGGUCACGCUGAAUGGAGACGGGGCUAAGGAGGAGGAUGACGGGAUGGAGGGCAGCACCGACUUCAACAGCAUCCACCAAGACGAGGACGUGGAAGGGCGCACCACAGAGCUGGAGCACCUGGCCCUACAGCGAGAACGAGCCCUGCUGGACCGGGAGAUCGCCAUCCUGGAGCGGGACCGAGUCCUGCUGGAGCGCGAGAAGCUGCUGAUCGAGAGGGAAACAGCGGCGCUGAAGCGGGAGAGGGAGAUGGUGGCGAGGGACAAGGAGCGGCUGGCCUCGGAGCGCCGGAAAGCCGCGCCGAUGGGGAAACCCGAGGCAGACGACGGCUCUAAGGACAGGCGGGAACGCUUCCUGCAGUUGUUUGAAAAACUCAUCGACAGCAUGUGACAGGAUUGCGUGUUUGCUUUAAGUUGGAUUUUUGUAAAGACUCGUUUUGAGAGACAUAUUUUUCUAAAUGAACUCAUUCAGCUGCAGUCUUCUUAUUUGGAUCUUAUUUAAUUUAGCUGGGAAAUUAAACGGACACGCUUGCAUUG